AUGGGAGAUAUUAAGAAGGAAGGUGGGCUCAGGUUCAGAGACAUUGAUAAUUUUAACAAAGCCAUGCUUGCCAAGCAAGGGUGGAUGCUACAAACUAAGGUUGAUUCAUUGACAACAAGAAUUUUGAAGGAGAAGUAUUAUAGAAAGGGCCAAUUUGUUGAGGCUAAGCUUGGAUAUAAACCUUCCUAUAUGUGGAGGAGUUUAUUGGCUGCACAAGGUUUGGUCAAAGCAGGAAGUGUGUGGAGAGUGGGAAAUGGUAAGAGUAUUGCCAUUUGGAUUGAUAACUGGCUUCCCAAUGCUGCAGGUUUCAAAGUUAGUUCCCCAGUCAAUCGGUUAGAGGUUGAUUCCAAGGCUGUAAACAGCAUCUUGCCUACAAGACAGAAUUUAAGGCAGAGGAGAGUUAUUGAAGAUGCUUCCUGCCCUAUUUGUGGUCUAAAGGAUGAAACUAUUGAUCAUGUGCUAUGGUCGUGUCCAGCUGCUGCUGAUGUUUGGGCAGAAAAUGAUAGUGGUUUGCAAAAGUGGAUCUGUGAGGAAAAGGAAUUCUUUAAUAUCUGGUCUGAUAUGCAGGAAACUUUGCAGAAAAACAAGGUAGCAGAGGCAGUUAUGAUCUUGAGAGGCUUAUGGACAAGAAGGAAUAACUUGGUCUUUGAAGGCAAGUUUGAGAGUCCAACCAGAGUUGUCACCAAUGCUUUAUCCAGGCUUAAGUGCUUUCAAGCAUCUUGA